AUGGCCUCGCCGCCGAAGCCGUGGGAGAGAGCUGGCGCUGGAGGCACCUCGACCGGCGUGACCGCUGCUGCUAAUGCCCCUACUAGCACCGUCGCAUCCGCAGCGUCCUCUUCUGAGCCUCCUGCCCUCCCUUCACGCCCCAGUUCCCUCAAUAGCACCGUCAACCAGAACGCCUCCAGCUACUCCACCAUGAACCGGCCCUACGGGAUGGGUAGCAGCUACGGGAGUUCCUACUCGUCACCCUACUCGAGCAUGGGAGGCAUGGGAGGGAUGGGAGGGUAUGGCAGCUACGGGAGCUCGAUGUACGGCCGGUCUAUGUAUGGCGGCGGUGGGAUGUAUGGUGGCGGAUAUGGCGGCUAUGGAAUGGGCGGCGGGAUGUAUGGCGGCAUGGGAGGCAUGGGAGGCAUGCCAGGCGAUCCGAACAACCCGCAAGGCUUGACUCAAUCGUUCAGCAACAGCACUGCAGCCACCUUUCAGAUGAUCGAAAGCAUCGUCGGCGCGUUUGGUGGUUUCGCACAGAUGCUGGAGAGCACGUACAUGGCAACCCAUUCAUCAUUUUUCGCCAUGGUUUCCGUCGCCGAGCAGUUUGGAAACCUGCGUCAAACGCUGGGGUCUGUGCUCGGAAUCUUCACCCUGAUGCGGUGGAUCAGAACCGCCAUCGCCAAACUUACAGGCCGCGCUCCCCCCGCAUCUUCGAAGGAAUUGACGCCCGCGAACUUCCAUUCCUUCAACGGCCGUAUGCCCGAUGGCUCCCCCGCUGCUCCUCGCCCGUCGAAGAAGCCGUUCAUCAUGUUCAUGCUUACUGUCAUCGGCCUUCCGUACCUGAUGGGCAAGCUCAUCCGCGCAAUGGCGCGAUCCCAAGAGGAAGAGGAGCGCCGGCGGCUGGAGGCCAUGCCCGGGGACCAGCAGCAGCAGAUGGACCCGACCAAGCUCGAAUUCUGCCGCGUCUUGUACGACUUCACGCCGGAGGCCAACACCAACGCCGUGCAAGGCGUCGACUUGGCGGUCAAGAAGGGCGACCUUGUCGCCGUUCUCGGCAAGACGGAUCCCAUGGGCAACGCGUCCGAGUGGUGGCGCUGCCGCUCCCGCGAUGGUCGUACGGGCUACCUGCCCAGUCCCUACCUCGAAGUCAUCCAGCGCCGCCCGCAAGCCCAGAUUCAGAGCGCGAGUCAGGCCGGCAGCAGGGCGCAGACGAUGACGAGCAGUACUGGCUUCAGCCGAACUGGCACGAUGACGAAGCCCGAGGCGGAGACGGUGCCGGCGAAGGCUCCACCGCCGAUCGAGGGCAAGGCUGGUGAUAUGGGCGUUGAGAGUUUCCAGAAGGGCAUGUUCCAAUCUUGA